AUGGCGACCUCAAAACAUCUUAAAUCGAGCACAAGAGGCCAGACAGGACCUUCCACGGUAACCAAGACAAUCUCGGUGCCCAAGUUUCAUGGUUCUCAAAGCAACGCACAAAGUGACAGUUCGAACGAGGACGACAAGGAGAUCAUUGCGACUAGAAAGCGACCUAUCCUUGACCUGACAGUGGAAACUGAGCAACUAAACGCACUGAUUAGUGUUGCACGGAGAAUUGAAUCCCCCGAGGAUGUCGUUCUCGUCCGACAGACGAGCAAAGAGCGGCUCUACGAGAAAGCCAGACUUCUGGCCCAAUUUCGCCAGCAGCCCUUUUUCCUUAAGACUUUUGAGAUAUUCUGCUCGAGUUUAAUGGUGGAUAUUGUUUGCGAGUUUGUCGAAUUCUCUCUUUUGUAUCUCGUUGAGCAUGCGAGAUUGCCUACCCAAAAAGAAGUGGUGGCCAUUACUGGACAAGCAAGGGCUCGCCUUCCUGGAAGCUCACAGUCUGAGGUAUGGAAAAUUAAGCCUGGUAAAUGUUUGGGCGAACCCGAGAUCUGCCAGAGGAACAGCCAUAAGGGUAUUCCUGCAGCUAAUGUCGAUGUGCAAGAUCUCGGCAAUAUUAUUAUGACGUUAGUCACGAAAAGUAACGAGUCUGAGCGAAAGCCGGAUCCUGGACGUUACACACUACAACUCGUAGACUUCCUGAAGCAAACCUUAACCGAGUCGGCAAGCCAUUUGACCCAGCACGGACUCUUAUCUAGUGGCUGGCGGCGGAAGCACUUGCUAUCCCUCGUCUCGGCCACAGACCCUCCUCAUUGA